AUGGGGCUGGAGUGGCUGAAGCCGGCGCACCUCCUGGAGCUUGCCGUCAAGACGCCCCCGAACCGCCGCACGCCCUUGAUGGGCCGGUGCGCGGAGCAGCUGCAGCGCGGCAUGGUCGUCUCCGUGGCCGACGCGCUGGGGCUGAGCCUGGAGCUGAUGACGUCCGCACGCUGCAAGACGAACGGCUACGUCCUCGACUUCCCGCCGGUCCGGCCCGAGGACUCCGAGGCCGUGGCGGCCUUCGUGCAGCGGGUCCGGGACUUGUCGGGCUCGGCGACCGUGGACUGGGAGGCGUUCCUGCGGGACGAGGUGCAGCUUCCGCCCCUCGCACCCGAGCCAGAGCCGCCCGAGCCUCCCGCAGAGGAGGGCGAGGGCGAGGAAGAGGGAGGCGGCGAGGGCGGGGACGCGACCGCGGAGGACGACGCGGCCGAGGGCGGCGAGGAGGAGGAGGAGGAGGAGGGCGGCGAGGCGGCGGCGGGCGGCGCGGGCGCCGCUGACGAGCCGCCCGCGGGCGGGCCCGGCGAGGGCGCGGAGGGCGAGGCGGGCGGCGAGGCCGCGGAGGGCGAGGCGGAGCCGCGGGAGGAACAGGAGGGCAGCCCAGACGGCGAGGAGGGACCCGCGGAGCCGCCGCCGCCGCCGCCGCCGGUGUUGGUGCCGAACCCGCUGGCCAACUCCAUGCCUCGGAGAUUACUUGUUCUGUCGGCGGAGACCGACGAGCUGGCCGGGUGGAAGCAGGUGCUGCUGAAGUUGCAGCACGAGGAGAAGGCCAGGCGCCGCAAGGAGUUGGAGGCAGCAGGCGAGGAGGUGGAGGACGAGGACGCGGAAGAGGAGGAAGCCGCGGAGCAGCCUGCGCUUCCUGAGGAGGAAGAGGAGCGAGAGGAGCUGUUCGACAAGAAUGCCGGCGACGUGCUCAGGACGAUGGCGGAGUUCGUGCCAGCCCCGCCGCUGGAGCAGCCGAAGGCGCUGCCCCCCAUUCCCGAGGUGUCGCUGGACCCGCAGCCUGAGCCAGCAGAUGACGAGGCGCUGGCAAAGGGCCACGAGGAUGCCGUUCGAAUAUUGCACGUUGACCAGGAGGUCCCGCUGCUCAGCCUGCGCGCCGAUGGUCGACCGCCGUCCGAGGUGGCCGACCUGCUGGAAGUGGCGGCGGGCCAACUGAGGUGCCCACGGGCACCGCUGCCGAAGAUGCUGGAGGGCGAGGGUGCCGAGGAGCCGAAGGAGCUCCUGAGGCUGGACCUGGACGAGAAGCAGGUCAGCCGGCGCUGGUCGCAGUGGAGGCAGCACUGCCCAGUGGCCCUGUACGACAAGAGGCUGGUGCCGGGGGGCAAGGAGUUCGCCGCGGAGUACGCAGGGUAUGCCUUCUGCUUCAGCAGCGCGGCGGCACAGCGCCGCUUCUGCGCGUGGCCGAAGCUCUUCCUGACGGACGCCCCCAGGAUCAACGCCCCCGGCAUGCACCUCGGCUAUGUGUUGCUGAGCCCGAUGGGCUUCCGUGUCCCGGAGCUCGCCGCGCGCGUGUCGGAGCGGUAUGGCUUCGACGUCGUGGACGUCGCGGCGCUCGUGCAGAGGGCUGUGCAGCUCAAGGCGAGCGACCAGCCCCCGCUGCCGCCGCAGGAGGUCGAGGGUGAGGGGGGCCAGGAGCGGCCUCGGACGCCAGCGCCAGAGGAGGACGAGGAGGAGCCGGGCGCUCCGAGACUGCUCGUCGCCGAGAAGGCGGCCCUCCUCGCAGGCGCGCCGCUCGGCGCGGAGACGCUGGCGCGCCUCGUCGGGGAGGCGCUCGGCAUCGCGAAGAACACGGCCAUCCUGCAGAAGCAGCAGGACGACAUCGCCGAGGCCAAGCGGGUCCUGGAGGAGUUCGCCGCCAGAGAGCCCCCGGAGGAUGCCGAGGAGGGCGACGCGGGCCCAGCCGCUCCGGAGUACGAGCUGGACGAGGAGGGCGAGCCUGUCAUCCCACUGUCCGAGCCCCUCCUCGUCCCGCCGAGAGGCUUCGUGCUCACGGGCUUCCCCGGGUCCGCCGAGCAGCUCGAGCUGCUGCGCAGCAAGCUGCGGCUGGAGAUCGAGCGCGUGCUCGUCGUCAAGCCUAUGGCGGAGGAGGAGCCGAAGGAGCCGGCGGAGAUCCUGGCGGAGCUCGGAUUUGGCCAGGACGCCCCGAUGGAGUCGCACCUGGAGUCGCAGGCCGCGGGCUUCGAGUCUCUCGCCGCCCUCGAGGACCUGCAGCUCUCGGACGUGGCCAUGGAGGCGACGGAGGACGAGCAGUUCAUCCAAAUUCAGAAGGCCAUCGACCCAUUCUACGAGGUCGCGGACGACGCCGAAGUGGCAGACGAGAUCCCAGACCCAGACGAGUGGGAGGAGCCGCCGGCCGAGGAGCCCGAGGAGGGGGAGCCCCCCCCGGACCCCUUGGAGCUGCCCAGGCGCCCGACCAUCCCCUGGGGCGUCUGCGGGCCAUACUGCCCAGUGACGCUGAAGGAGGACGACUGGCUCUUCCCGGGCCAGAAGGCGAACCAGCACAUGUACAAGAACAAGGUGUACGCGCUCGCGAACGAGGCGGCCAGCGCCAAGUUUGUGGCGGAGCCGUCCAAGUACGUGCCGUCGAGCGGGGAGCCGCCAAUACCUCGCGUGCGCGUCCUCGUGACCGGCCCCACGGGGUCCGGGGUGGAGCGGCAGUGCCAGCUGCUGGCAGAGGCGUGCAAGAUGCCGGUCGUCAAGGUGGAGGGCGAGUGGCGGGCGCGCGUGGAGGCGAGGCUGCAGGCCGCCCGCGCGGCCGUGAAGGAGGCGGCCGCGGCCGAGAAGCUCCUGGAGCCGCUGCUCGCCGACGAGGGCGUUGCGUGGCCUCCGGGCUGGACGCCGCCCGAGCCCAAGCCGGAGGCCUGA